UAUUUGUUGGAGGUCCCGAGGUUGCGUCCAUGUCCACUUUAAGUACCAUCCAAAUUAAAGAAGCCAAUGCUCACCUGGCAGCAUUACACCGGCGGGUGGCUGAGCUUGAUGGAACAAUAAGGGAGCAGGCAGAAAGCCUUAUUCGCAAAGAUGAGCAUUACCAAGCCGUUUUAAAGGAUAUCGUGAAUACCAAAGACAGGGAGUUGGCUGAACUUCACAAGAGGCUAAUACAUUCUGAAGAAGAAACACAAAGGCUAACAGCAACCAUUAAGGAUAAGGACAGGGAGUUGGAACGGGUUCGACAUCACAGCCGACUUUUGGCUCAGAUAUGUCAGAGGCGACCACUCUUGGAAGCUUUGGUUUCUCUCAUGGCUGAGGCAGAAGGAAUGCAAUGUUUGCCUGCCCUGGAAGUAGAGAGAAGCAAUGGUCUCGUAAAUGCUGUAGACUACCUUCAAAGUGAGGAAGAUCUUGAAGAUUCUGACACAGACAGAACACUUUUUGGAACGACUGUCUGAGGCGCACACAGCUUACUUUUAUAUGCAUUGCAUAUCCUGUAUUUUUAAAUGCAACUCCAGCCAAAACAUUUUUCAAACCUUGAUAACGUGGAGAAGGUUGAGAACCUCAGGUUUUAUUAUUACUC